ACGAUAUCGAGCUGUUGAAAAAUGCUGUGCUAUGUCACCUUCGGGACCGCGCCUGCCUUGGGUCUUUGUGAGACUCGCCACAUAAAGCAGUCGCGCAUCCGGAUGUCGCAGCAACAGUAACGCCCCGGCAUGUUCAUCACCAAGUCAUGGCGGAAACCCGAAGACGACUGGACGCCAACAGCACGCCGAAGCUUCCCCACGAAGAAGAAUACGAGACCUUGAACAGCCAUGAAGAGACGUCCUCGCACAUCGAUGCGACAGUGGAACGACGUCUCCUCCGCAAGAUCGACUUUCGGCUAUGCUCCAUCGCAGCCAUUCUGUGCUCGCUGAAUCUGCUCGACAGCGGUAUCAUUAGCUCAGCCAGCGUAACAUCCAUGCGUAAUGAUCUACGUCUUUACGGCAAUCGAUACAGCGUGAGCAUCUUCAUCUUCACAGUGUCAAGUAUCGCCUUCCAGCUGCCUUCGACCGUCGCUGUACGAAAAUUCGGGCCCCGGGUUUUUUUCACAGCAAUAACGUGUGCGUUCGGCAUCGUCACCUUGUCGACGGCCUUCAUCCACUCGUGGCUAGAGAUGAUCGCGUUGAGGGUAUUACUCGGAAUGUGCAUGUCCGGCAUUUAUCCAGGCUUGACUUGUCUCAUCUCCGCCUGGUAUCGACGUUCAGAAACGCAGACAAGAUUCGCAUUCCUACAAACCGGGCAGGUGACCAUAUUGGCAACGGGAUCCAUUGUGAAUUGGGCACUGAACCACCUUGAUGGUAAGGGCGGCCUGGCAGGCUGGCAGUACAUGUUCAUCGUGCAGGGCUUGAUCACUGUGGUUAUCGGCAUCGUCUCCUAUUUCUGGAUGGUCGAUUUUCCCGAACAUGCACACAAGACUUGGUACUUCCUCGCGGAAGAAGAACAAGAGAUUGCUGUAUCGCGAAUUCGCUCUGACCGCAACGACGUUGAGGCUGAUCCUUUCACAUGGGGAAAGGUCCUCGUACAUGCAAAAGACAUCAAGAUCUAUGGCUAUGCAUGUAUGUUUUUCGCUGUCAACAUCGUGUCGACCAGUCUGAGCUACUUUCUGCCCAUCAUUCUGAGUGGCAUGGGCUACGACGAGAAUGAAUCAAUACUACUCUCCGCACCGCCUUAUUACUGGUCCGUCGUACCCGUGAUCAUUUCUUCGGUUGUCGGUGACAAGUAUAGCCUUCGAGGUCCCGUCAUAAUAUUCAACAGCCUGUGUCUGAUCGUUGGCUUCUGCAUGACUGGCUUCGCGGACUCUUUGGCGGCAAGAUAUAUUGGCACAUUCCUGGCCACCGGUGCAUAUGUGUCGAAUUGGGCCGCUGUGAACACCUAUGCACAAACGAAUUUGACGGGACAGUGGAAGAGAGUGUUCACUGCCGCAUCGGUAAUCGCAAUGAAUGGCGCUGGAGGCAUAGCUGGAUCCUUCAUCGUCCGUCAACAGGAAGCGCCACGAUACCCCACUGCGGUCUGGAUUUCGAUCGGAUCGGGUUUCGUCCUCAUUGGCUUUGUUGCGACAUUCUCGUCCUGGUUUUGGUAUGCCAACAAGCGACAAAAGGCUGGCAAGAAGAUACUGGAGAAUACCAUCGGCUUCCGCUAUACUUUCUGAGGCUGUCCUAAUUGUCGCGAUGCUAUCGAGACUUGCUGCAUUCGGGGGAUGUGAAUGAGGUGCACAGCUGGAGGUGACAGUUGUUAAGCCUUUGCGAUCAUGGGAACACUUUCACCGAGUGAUUGCAGUGAAAUGGCAUGACAACUCGUUCUCGGCGGAUCCAGAGGGCCGUGGCUUGGCCCCACAAAUUCUUGUUGACGCCCGGCUGGCGC